GUUGGCACCAUUCCAAGAACGCCACCUACGAGGGGAGAAAACGGUUCCGCUCCAAAUUCCAGCCCAGAUAUUGAAGGUCACGGGGUCGAAGCAGAUUUAUUGGUAUCGGACCAGGCCAGGCAGCCAAAUGGAGUGUUCCCCAAAUUCAGGAGACUCACCAAGAAAUUAUGCAGUACUCAUCAAUUCAGGAAUGAACAGGUGGAGAUGCUCUACCAAAGGUACUUCCUCAAAAUGAACCAAAGCAACAUGACCAACCUGAUAUCGCUUCUGCUAGCGAUAUGCAUCACAUUUCUCGUGAUCGCGUUGACAGACUUUGUAAUGCCUAGAAGGCCUGAAGAGGGCGUGGAUUACGACAAGUUGCUGAUCCUCAUGUGUACUUCCGGUUGCUGCAUUGCCAUAUACGGAGUUUUGCUGAGUAUUGUUUCGAGGCCCGCCAUGAAUGAAGUCUACUUGAUCAUCAUCUCAUAUUUUAUAUUAGUCACUUUCGUUACUUUGAAGAUCUGCAUCUCGUUUUUUUUCGGCGACAAAAGGCCCUUGCUGGGUACAACUUUCGCUCUGGCUUCCACUUAUUUGACGUACGCCCUCAUGCCGAAUCGACUCAAAGACGCUCUAUUGUCCGGAAGUAUAUUAGCGGCGACGGAAAUUGUUCUCCUCGUCUACGUGGGUGAGCUCGGCGGUUUCCCGGAGGUGGGCAGCUGCUUUCUGAUCUUGCUGUGCGGCAACGUAGCCGGAGUUUGCACCCAUUACCCUCGAGAGGUGGCCCAGAGGAAGGCUUUCCUAGAGACGAGGCAGUGCAUCGAGGCGAGAUUGAAGAUACAAAGAGAAAAUCAACAGCAG